CCGGUUCUCAGGGCGACUUCAUUCACCCACGCGUGGUGAAGGAAGCCCGCUUUCCCAUGACAGGGUCUCCGACUCCCAUCUCCGUUACCCUAGGGGAUGACAAGACCCAGCGCUUCUUCGAUCAAACGGUCACCGACCUCCCCUUCUUCCUCACUCUCGAGCCGACUGAUCGCUCCCCGGCGUCUCGUCGCCACCGCUCCUCUGCACAUUUCGAUGUGAUGGAGACGGGGUACGACUUCAUUCUCGGCACUCCGUGGUCUCGUCGGUUCCGCAGAACCGAGGCCAAUUGGGCGACCAACACUCUCGUUCUCAAAACGAAGUGUGGACAGACGUAUCGCGUACCUUUCAUAGGUACCAUGGUGACACCACGCGCCGAUCCUCCUCCCUCGGAGCCUUCAGUGCCCACACCAUCUCCCUCUAUUACUGUCACCUCGCCUCGGCAGUUCGCUCACUUCAUUCGACAGGACGACGUCACCUUCUUUAUGGUGGACGUGACGGAUCUCUUACACUAUGAUCCACCCUGUCCCGACGCCGAGCUCAUCCCUCUGGAGCCAGAUGCUCCCUCUAUCUCCAUGGCUCCCAUCUCUACUUCCGUCCCUCCGCCGUCCGUCGAGUCCACCACACUCUCGAUCCCCGAGGCCACCGAACUCAAGCAUCAGCUUGAGGAGCUCCUGAGACAGGGUUUCAUUAAACCCAGCAACUCCCCGUGGGGUGCACCCGUCCUCUUUGCUCGCAAAGCGGAUGAAACUCUUCGUCUCUGCAUCGACUAUCGCGGUCUCAACCGCUACACGGUUAAGAACAACUACCCCAUGCCUCGUUCUGAUGAGCUGUUGGACCGCCUAGCUGGCAACCGCUUCUUUACGAAGAUUGAUCUUCGUAGCGGUUACCAUCAGAUCCGCGUCGCUGCAGCCGACCAGCCGAAGACCUCGUUCCGAUCGCUAUUCGGCCACUACGAGUUCACGGUGAUGCCAUUCGGCCUCACUAAUGCUCCCGCUACCUUUCAGAGGGCGAUGAACGACAUCUUCAGGGACAUCCUGGAGCAGUACGUUCUYGUCUACCUCGACGAUAUCCUGGUCUACAGUCGUAUCCUUGAGGAGCACCUCAGACACCUUUGCGACGUCCUUGACCGCUUGCGCAGACAUGGCUUCUACGCCAAGCUGAGCAAGUGGCGCUUUGCCCAGCACAAAGUGGAUUUCUUAGGACACUACCUCCGCUUCUCCUCGUCUUACCAUCCUCAGACUGAUGGUCAGACCGAGAUCACGAACAGGGCUCUCGGAGAUAUUCUUCGAAAGAUUAUUCGUGACGACCAGCAGUGGGAUCUUCAUCUUGCCCACGCGGAGAUAGCCUACAACCACGCCGUCUCGCCAGCCACAAGGAUGUCGCCUUACUAUUGCGACCUCGGCUAUCACCCUCGUGUUCCUACGGACUUUCUUCGACCGUUACAGAUGCACCCCGACACGAGUUAUCCCGCGCUGGAUGAUUGGGUUGCACACAUGACGUCGAUCAUGAAGACCGCACAUGAGCACAUAGCUGCUUCCCAAACUCGCAUGGCAGUAAGUGCGAACCGAUCGAGGAUGGACCAUCCAUUCAAAGUCGGUGAUGAUGUGCUUAUCGACGCCCGCCACUUACAGCUCGAAGCGGACACGCUUCGCAAGUUUCGGCGUCGCCUCUUUGGCCCAUGCCGCAYCCUCCAGGCCGUCAGUUCUGAUACGGCAUCUAGCCCGGUCAGCUUUCGUGUGAAGCUGCCUGACUACCUACGCCAGGCUCGUGUGCAUGAUGUCUACCACGUCUCGUUACUGCGUCCUUACCGCAGACMGUCUGAGCGUUUCGCUGGACGACCAUACGAGCGCCCUCCACCCCUCAUGGUGGACGGCCACGAGGAGUUCCUCGUUUCAGACAUCAUUGGUCGCCGAGUCACCGAGAACAACCCUUCCCACGUCGAGUAUCUCGUACGUUGGACGGGUUACCCUGAUGAGGAGGCUACCUGGGAGCCCCUCGAGCACUUGCAGCACGCUCGCAUGUUGGUGCGUGCUUAUGACCGUGCUCGUCGUGCUGGGUUCACUGCUCCUCCUCAGCCCACUGACCCUCCUCCUUCUCCCCCGACUGAGGAGACCGCUGAAGUCGACCUGCUCCAUCUGACGCAGACCUUUAGCAGCAGCCGGAUGCUUCUGAGCGUCCACAGCGCACCCGUCGUCGUCCUGCUCGAUACGACCAUUGACUCUGACUUACCUUCCCACGUCCUUGACUUCUCAAUACUGCAUCCACUCCAGUUUUGCUACUUUGGCUCGUCGACGUUGCGGCUUUUCCUCGACGGCAUUCCGGACUUCUCACUGUGGACGUCAUCGGCAGCUUCAUGGACUUCGUCACCAUCAGCUCUGCCUACUUCAGACGUCGCCAUUCUCUUACCACUUUACCCUGUACAGUACCCUGCUUGUGUCGCGUGAUGGUCUCCCUUUAGCCGGGUUCCUCUGAGUUGGGCUCUCCCUUGGUAUUCUCAUAGGCAUCGGGACCGUAGCGUUGCCCUGGCUU